GAGAUCAAACAACUAGCCGAAUUCAUCAACGAGAUUAAAGUUUGCAUAUAAAUAAAGAAUAGAUUUGACACUCCAACUACUUCGCCACCCGCUACUGAAAUAAAAGAAUUUUCAUUACCUGUCGAAUCUGUCGAAUAUAUACAGUGACUCAAAGUUGUCACAACAAGACUUGGCUGAUAUGGACUGAACGGUCUGCGCCAAACAGCGAGAAAGAAAAAAAAAAAAAAAAAUAAGCGCAUAUAGUAUAGUACAUUUGACUUGCACCUGACAACACCGACAACAAAGGCAGAAUCUGAUAUAUUGUGAUUAUGAACGAGCGUUGAAUCAAUUCGCACUACUGUUGCGUUAUACAUCGAAGUACAUGCAGGAAACGAAAAAUUAGUUAAUACCUAAGUCUAGACACCACUGCAGUAGUGCCAACACAAUUACAUAACUGACUGCGUCACAGAAAUCCCUUGGCGAAUUUGCAAACGAACCUAUUACAUGAUGAGUUUAAUAAAGUUGGCGGACUUUGCAUUGGUCAAAAAUUUGGUAAAACCAAAUAAUGGCUUGAAUUUGUCGCGCGCCGCAUCGCAUUUUGUUUAUGCACCGGACUCUAAACCACCAGUCAAAGGUGCGACUCGCAAAAUGAAUAUGUUCCAGGCUAUUAAUGAUGCAAUGGAUAUUGCUUUGGAGCGAGACUCUUCGGCAUUGGUGUUUGGAGAAGACGUUGCCUUUGGGGGAGUUUUUCGUUGCUCAAUGGGUUUACAAAAGAAAUUUGGAAAGGAGCGUGUUUUUAAUACACCACUCUGCGAGCAGGGAAUAGCGGGAUUUGCAAUCGGUGUGGCCAGCACAGGUGCAACGGCAAUUGCCGAAAUUCAGUUUGCUGAUUACAUUUUUCCAGCGUUUGACCAAAUUGUUAAUGAAGCGGCCAAAUAUCGGUAUCGAAGUGGAAAUCUUUUCGAUUGUGGUUCGCUAGUUUUCCGAGCUCCCUGCGGAGCCGUUGGACACGGCGCGUGCUAUCACUCACAAAGUCCAGAAGCAUACUUUGCUCAUACACCUGGGCUAAAGAUCGUUGUACCACGGGGACCAAAUAUGGCAAAGGGAUUGCUUCUGUCUUGCGUGAAAGAAAAGGAUCCGUGUAUUGUAUUGGAACCGAAAACCCUAUAUCGUGCUGCCGUUGAAGAGGUUCCAGAGGAAGGGUUUGAAUGUCCCAUUGGAAAGGCUGAUGUGCUAAAAGUUGGCACAGAUGUCACCCUGAUCGGCUGGGGUACACAAGUUCACGUUCUCAUAGAGGUGGCUAACAUGGCAAAACAGCAGCAUGGAAUCAGCUGCGAGGUUAUUGAUUUGGUGUCAAUUCUUCCAUGGGAUAAGGAAACGGUUUGCAAUUCGGCUAAAAAGACAGGUCGCGUGUUGAUCUCCCACGAAGCCCCACUCACUAAUGGAUUUGGAGCAGAGUUGGCCGCUACGAUUCAGGAGGAAUGUUUUCUACACCUAGAGGCACCAAUCACUCGUGUUACCGGGUGGGACACUCCUUUUCCACACGUAUUUGAACCAUUUUAUAUUCCCGAUAAAUAUCGCUGUUUGGCGGGGGUCAAAAAAUUGGUAGACUAUUAAAGGCGCACCUUCUUUUUUACGUGUACCUUCCUAUGUGGCGCAAUUACGCAAACGAACAGUGAAUCUUCACUCUAAAAUAAUGUCAGGGUAAAAUUUUGCAUUUAUUCGAUUAAGCGCGAUAGUUUUAAGAGAUGUGUAAACUAUUUUCGAUAAUAACAUUUUUAAAUUGGAAUCAAAUGCUUAUACAAGGACAAAAUAUGAAUUGUUUUCAAAUUUCUGUAA